AUGCAUUUGUCUCAAGAUGGACAGCCGGUUUAUGGACUGGUGAAGACAGUGUUGCAGUCAUCAGCUGGAACUGCACUUAAGUGGCUACUCGGCCUCCUUGUGGUUAUACGAUUAGCCACGCGGGCUUUAAGGUCAUGGCGACGGCGGCGACUUGCGCGAGCAAACUUCUGCGAGCCCAUCACACGUGUACCGCAACGCGAUCCAAUCCUGGGGAUCGACAUAUUGCAGGCGGAGCUCGAAAAGGUGGAAAGGCAAACCUAUCUUGAGUCCUUCCGCGAACGCUACGAUAGAUACGGACGCACCUGGGCAUACAAGACGCUGAACAAGUUGACUAUCAACACCAUCGAGCCUGAGAACAUCGAAUAUGUUUUGAAAACUGGCUACCACUGCUUCGACCUAGGGCAAAAUCGAAUGGACGUUAUAGAGCCUAGCAUUGAGGCAGGGUUGCUAACACUCAAUGGCGCUACUUGGCACAACGCCCGGACGAUGACACAGCCGGGAUUCAAUCGCAAGAUCAUGCACAGAGUCCCCUUUGAAACGUACUUCCAGAACUUCAUCAGGCACAUUCCAGAGGAUGUCACUACACCGGUCGACCUGGCGCCGCUAUUCGGCCGGUUUACCCUCGACAGCAGUUGGGACCUCAUCUUCGGGAAGGCCAUCGACGCUCUCGGCUUUCCAACCGGAUCGCAACAGGCCGUUGAAGUCGAGGACGCACUAUCCUGCAUACUGGCUCGCACUUAUGACUGCAUGACGCGUGGUCACAUGGCCGUCUGGUGGCCUCGCAAGGGUCAUCGUGAUGGACUUAAGAAGAUGCAUGACAUGAUUGACAGGGAGAUAUCCGAUGCGUUGAAUCGCAAUGCUUCCAGUUCGACAGAGGACCCCCAGUGCAUGAUCGACCUCUUCACAUCGGCCCAAGCGCAAGAGAAGUUCAACUCGGAGCACAGUGGCGGGACAGAGACACUGAAGCGCAUGAUCCGGGUCCAGUUGUCACAUAUUGUGCUGGCUGGGCGCGACACAACGGCAAUUCUAUUGAGCAAUCUGUUCUUGGAGCUUUCGAAAAAUCCAAGAGUGUGGCAAAAGCUGGUCGACGAGGUUGCUCCUCUCGAGGGGCAAAUACCCAUCGUAUCCAAACUGGGGAGCUUCCAGUACUUGAGGCACUGCAUCAAUGAGGCAUUGCGCCUAUACCCGCCUGCACCUUUGAACAACCGCCGUGCCACCAAAGACGUCGUUCUUCCUCGUGGUGGAGGCCCUCAAGGCGAUAGCCCUAUACUAGUCAGAGAAGGAGACGAGGUGACUUUCCACCUUCACACGCUCAACCGGCGCGAAGAAUACUUUGGCCCCGACGUGGAUGAGUUUGUGCCUGAACGUUGGGAGCACAUCAACCCGGAUUGGUCAUUCGUUCCGUUUAGUGCCGGUCGGCGGACUUGUAUAGGACGUCAAUUUGCUCUGGACGAGGCCUCUUACGUUACGGUGCGGCUCUUGCAAACCUUUGAAGAGGUUAAUCAGCAUGGGAACAAACCAUGGGUCGAAGAAUUAAGGAUUCUGGCUUCUAACAGUAACGGUACUGUAGUUACGAUGAAAAGAAAAGCAAUUAUAUAG